AUGAGCAAGUCUUUCUUUUCUUUCUUCAAAAAGUUUACUUUGCAUAGCUCUACUCCUGAAAGUGUCACCAAUUCAGGAACCUCGUCGUUGACCAUUACCUGGCUUGGAAUUCGUCUAAUUGAUGGGAAAUGGCAGUGGUCGAUUAACGGUGAAAUGGUCGAGGCAUCUUUCACUAAUUGGGAUAACAAUGUGAUGCCAAAUGACCCGGAAAAGACAUGUGCCGUUUUUGAUGGAUGGGCGAAUGGAGUGUGGAGAGCCGUCGAUUGCAACCAACAAUAUCGUUCGAUUUGCAAAACGGAUGCCUACCAUCCACCAAAU